UUCAGAAACAACUACAGAUGUACCUACAGACAAAACUUCAGAAACGACACCAUCUGUAGCAGAAAAUACGACAGACGCACCUACUUCAGAAGUGAAACAAUCAAUAGCAGAAACAAAAACAGAUGCACCCACUUCAGAAAUGACACAAUUAGAAGCAGAUCUUCAAAAGCCAACCCAUCAGAAACAGAAACAACUACAGAUAAACCUACUUCAGACGCGACACCAUCAGUAGCAAAAACAACUACAGAUGCACCUACUUCAAAAGUGACACCAUCAGUAGGAGAAACAACUACAGAUGCCCCUACUUCAAAAGUGGCACCAUCAGUAGCUGAAACAAUUACAGAUGCCCCUACUUCACAUGCGACUCUAUCAGUAGCAGAAACAACUACAGAUGCCCCUACUUCAAAAGUGGCACCAUCUGUAGCAGAAACAACUGUAGAUGCACCUACUUCAAAAGUGACACCAUCAGUAGGAGAAAAAACUACAGAUGCCCCUACUUCAAAAGUGGCACCAUCAGUAGCUGAAACAAUCACAGAUGCCCCUACUUCACACGCGACCCUAUCAGUAGCAGAAACAACUACAGAUGCCCCUACUUCAAAAGUGGCACCAUCUGUAGCGGAAACAACUGUAGAUGCCCCUACUUCAAAAGUGACACCAUCAGUAGGAGAAACAACUACAGAUGCACCUACUUCAAACGUGUUACCAUCAGUAGCAGAAACAACUACAGAUGCACCUACUUCAAGAGUGACACCAUCAGUAGCAGAAACAACUAGAUGCACCUACUUCAGACGCGACCCUAUCAAUAGCAGAAACAACCACAGAUGCACCUACUCCAGAAGUGACAUCAUCAGUGGUAGAAAGAACUACACAUGCACCAAAAGACAAAUCCUCAGAAGCAACACCAUCAGUAGCAGCAAUAACUACAGAUGCACUUUUAAAGACAACUACAAGAUCGACACCAACAGUAAUUAUAAUAGAAACAACUACAGAUUCACCUACAAAUACAACAAAAGGAGCAUCGUCGAGCAAAGGAUCAGUCAAGUUGGUAAUAGCGCAAAUAAGUAA